AUGUGGGGUGGGUUGAAGAAGCGGACCCACUACGGAGAUCUUUUUAGAAGAUGGAGUGCCUCGCGUGGCCUGGAGGAGCUGCGCAUCGCCCUGUAUAAAGAGCCUCGUCCGUGGUACCUGGCCUACUCUCUGCACCAGCACAACCAUCUUCUCCAGGACCACCACUGCGCGCGUCUUCUGGCGUGGUGCACGUCCAUUGUGGAGCUGCAGCCGAGCCAUACCGCGAAACAAGAGGCGUACCGGUACACGCAAGAGAUGUUUCAACUUCUAAUGCGCCACCACAAGGCCGGUGGAGAAACGUUAAACGAAUACAUGCGGCUCUGCGCCGUCGGGGCAGACCUCACGUCCGCCUUUGACUGGUUCAAGUACUGGCAGGAGGCCCAGCUAGAUGGCUGGGCCGCCCUUGACACACUCACCUGGUUGCUCCAAGUGGCGCGUACAACACCCAGCGACGAACGCGCAGAGGAUAUGGCCUUGACGGUGAUGGACCUGUACACCAGCCGUUUUGCAACGGUGCAGAAGGACCCUCAAGGCGGGAAAAGAGGAAGCUGCUCAGCUGCUGCAGAGACUUCGUCAACACCGCCGCCGUUUUUGCACUACGCGCCGACUUCUGCGAAAGACGUCGAGGCACUGCGACGCUUUUUUUCUACCUUUAAGGCACUUGAACCGCGUCUGCGACACAAUGCGUUACUACGCAGUUUUUUGGACACGCUUCCGCCUUCCGUAGCGGAGGCAGAGGCGAACUGUGCUGCGUUUGGCUGGCCUGUGGAGAGCCCGCAUCGUAUCUUUCCUCAGCUGGAGCAGCACGUGCAUAUGUGUGCGUACACGCACGACGACAACUCCGUCCUCUACGCCUCCGCUUCACCUCCGCGUCUUCGUGACUCGCUACUGCACGACAACUAUAUUGCGAAGGUGGAGCGGAGCGCGGAGCGGCACAACGUCACGGAUGUGGUCGCGCUGGUCGAGGAGUACGAGCGCCGUGUGACGGAGGAAAGGGAUAAAACAAACGGCGAGCGAACACCGGCGCUCCGCAGGCGAUCCGUCGAGGGUGAGCUGUGGCGCCGCUCGGCGGACCCCGGCGCUGUCGCCUAUCGUCGGCGGCUCGUGGAGGGCGGCGGCAUCCCGCCCGAACUCUAUCACUACCUCAUCACGGCGCUGGCCACGACGCAGCCGACUGCGGCGCUCCGCACGUUGGAGGGUAUGGAGGCCGCCAACUUGCGUCCGCUCGACCUCACACGAGCUGCGGUGAUCGUGGCGGUGCGCGACUCUACGGAAGACCAGCGUCGUCUCUUCCAGCGGCAGCUGGAUGAAAUCGACGCGCGAGCUCGUCUGGAUGCGGACCAUGACACCCACAAGGUGGUGGAGUCGUACUGGAAGUUCGACUACACGGAGUUCUUCUACCACCGUAACGCACUGAGCAGAGUGCAGUUUUACCUUUUCCUCAUCGCCCGUCUUGGAGCUCAGGCGCUGCAGCAACUGCUGUUGGACACGCAGGUGCACGGUCCGCUGGCGACGGCGGAGGACCUUGUGGUGCUCGAUGAUGAUCUUCGCCACGCGUCUCGGUUGUUCUUUCGAUCGCGGGUUGGGCGUGGUCCGGUGCAGGCAGCGCUCGACGCGGUUAGUCACCACAUGCCGAAACUUGAUAUCAGUCUCGUGGGGACGCUGCCGCAUUUUGAGAAUUACUUUGUGGAGGCGGCGGACGACAUCGCACUCAGUGAAGGGGCGCUUCAGGCCCUCGUGCAGCCCUACGACACCAUCUACGUGUUGGAUGCCUCGUUUGUCGAAACGUCCGAGUCGUUUUUGAGCGUGGGUGGCACCUCUCGAUCUCUCGUGUUGAUUCCGUACCUUUCCCUUGCGCAGCUGGCCUCCUCCGUCUCAAACUCGGACACCUUCACAUCCUUUGAUCCAGCAUUGCAACAGUCAAUUCGAGCAGAGCCUUUCCUGGCUUCCCAGCGGCUGCGAGCGCUGUUUGCGAUGCUCACCGCCAGUUCCGUCCGCGCCGCUUCCUCCACCACACAACACGGAAGCGGAGCAGAAAGCCCAGCCCGCAUGCUCCACCGGCGAGCGCGUGUGCUGCACUUCACGGAGUGCCUGGUUGCGAACCAAGUCGAGCAAGAAGUACUGGACAGUCUCCACCUGUCACCGUCUACAGAUGACAACGACCAGCUGCUGCUUGUACUCGCGAUGCUGAGCUGUCUGAAGGAGUCCACGACACGACUGGUCCUCUGUACCGACGACACACAGCUGGUGGAGCGGCUGGAGGCGCUGCAAAACUCCGACCUCUUCGGCUCCGCGGUGGAGAUCGUGAGCACGGCGCCGCCGGCGAACUUGGAUUUGGAAAAGGACCUCGUUGACGACAACCCCGUAUGGCGAGACGAUCGCUGGCGUACGGCGGCGGGUUUCGAGCCUCGGCUGGACAUCGCGGCGGCGCUUCCUCCACAGGACCCGUCCAGUGCCGAUGCGAUGGACCAGAGACGCACUGGAGAUAUUGGGUCUGCGCAGCCGCGGGAGCGACAAGGUGGGCAGGACUCCCCCUCCGCCGCCUCCGCUGCACAACCGCUGAGCCAGGCGUGCGCCAACGCUGAAAAGGACGGUGUUUCCUCGGAUGUGAGCGAGGUGAUGAACUCGCCGUGGCUGGCUUUACUGGAAGAGCAAGAGGGGGAGGGGGAGACGCAGAUGAAGGGUGCCAUGCGCAGCGGCACCGCUGCGUCUCCUCCUUCUGCGGCUGGUGCAUCCACUCAAGCCGAUGCGUCCACGGCGCAGCCCAUAGCUUCCCCUUUGUUUGCUUCGUCUUCCUCGGUUGCCUCCACAGAAAGGGAGCAGGAGGUUCGUGAUGAGCACAUGGACCUGUACGAAACGCCCUUCGACGUUGUCCCGGUGGGGGUGCGGAUGGCAGAAGCGUCGGCGCUUGGCUCCGUGUUCGCCGAGUUUGACUCGAUGGACCCCGAGCAGCGAGCGGCCCGUGAAGCUGAUCACGCGGCGGCUCGCUGCCGUCUUGCACCGGGUACCGGGGAUGAGGGUGGAGCUUCCGGGCCGAGCCGGCGUCGUCGUCCGUCGAUGCUAGAGCGGGAGAUGCUGGCGAAUCGUGGUUUUUCCAACAAGGACCGCUUCCUGAUGGCACGGCGCCUGUCGAACAGAAGCGGAGGACGCGUGCCAUUCAACAUGCGGUACAGGGUGGUCGAGGCCAACGUGCGCGAUCCGCGAAACGUGCACCUACGCAAGGUGUUCCAGGAGGGACUGAAUAAGAAACGCGCAGCAUUCAAGCGUCGACAAGGUUAG